UCUUGUCACGUGACCAUGCGGCCGACGUCACAGUGACGGCACCGGGCACGCAGCCCGGGUGGCAAGCUGCAGAGUUUGAAGUCUAAAGUUACCAACUUUUAACUACAGCAAUAAAAUGGGACGCGACGAUAAGUGCAGCAGUGUAACGUGACAGUCACCUUCAGAGCAACCAGCUCUUCCAGAGGGAGAAACUCCUCCGCCGCCGCGCUCCUGUCUCACUGUUGGACAUUUGACCAGCAUCAAUGUCUAGAUUUCAGAAUCGUCGGGAGUCUCUUCCGAAUGCCCAGCAGGUGGUCCGGCGCCGUUUCUCCGGCCCCUUGUUGUUACCUCCUCUGUGGCGGAGACAUUCGUGUCAGGACCGAGAGACGCGGCGUCCGUCCGCCAUUAAUGUUAUCCCACUUGAGCGACUGCAGGAGAUUUACAGGCAAGCCUUGGCCAGCCAUGAUGAGCUCCGUUUUGAUGUGGAGAAUGGCCUGUCGGUGGGUCGCAGUCCACUGGACUCUCAGACGAGCCCGGGAUCCGGUCUGGUACUUCAGGGCAACUUCCCUCACAGUCAGCGCCGGGAGUCUUUCCUCUACCGCUCCGACUCAGACUUUGACCUGUCGCCCAAAACUAUGUCUCGCAACUCGUCCACUGCCAGCGACCUGGAGGAAGGAUUGAAGCAUUGGGAAGUUAAUUGGCUACCUCGGCAUGGAGAAGACAUGAUAGUGACUCCAUUUGCACAGGUUCUGGCCAGUCUGCGAACAGUAAGAAGCAACGUCGCUGCUCUGACGCAUCUCCAAGAUCGUGUGGUGAACAAACGACCAUCAAGCGCCAGUCAGCCGCCGCUGUGCAAACCGUGUCUCUCAGAAGAGCCCUGUCAGAAGCUCACAAUGGAGACUCUGGAAGAGCUGGACUGGUGUCUGGACCAGCUGGAGACGCUGCAGACGAGACACUCAGUUAGCGAAAUGGCGUCCAAUAAGUUUAAGAGGAUGCUAAACCGUGAGCUGACGCAGCUAUCAGAGACGAGUCGCUCAGGGAACCAGGUGUCGGAGUUCAUCGCCAGCACUUUCCUCGAAAAGCAACAUGACUUGGAGAUCCUGUCUCCGCCUGCUAAGGAGAAGGAGAAGAAAAAAAGGCCGAUGUCACAGAUUAGCGGUGUGAAAAAGGUCACACAAAGCCCAAGCUUAGCGCCUUCUUGCAUCCCUCGCUUUGGAGUCAACACACCGCACGAGAGCAUGUUGGCAAAGGAAAUUGAGGACCUUAAUCGAUGGGGUAUGGAUAUUUUCAAACUAGCAGAAUAUUCAGGAAAUCGCCCUCUGACGGUGAUGAUGUACUCCAUCUUCCAGGAGCGAGAUCUCCUGAAAACCUUCAAGGUGCCAAUUGGUACCUUCCUCACCUUCAUGAUGACUUUAGAGGACCACUACCAUGCGGACGUAGCUUAUCACAACAACAUUCACGCUGCUGAUGUGGUGCAAUCCACCCAUGUUCUCCUGUCCACUCCUGCUUUAGAGGCGGUGUUUACAGACCUAGAAAUUAUGGCCGCUCUUUUUGCAAGCGCCAUCCAUGACGUCGACCACCCAGGCGUCACCAACCAGUUCCUCAUAAACACAAGUUCUGAAUUGGCACUAAUGUACAACGAUUCGUCUGUGCUGGAGAACCAUCACCUCGCUGUUGGCUUCAAGCUGCUGCAAGAGGAAAACUGUGACAUCUUCCAGAACCUCAGCAAGAAACAGAAAGACUCGCUCCGGAAGAUGGUGAUUGACAUGGUGCUGGCCACAGAUAUGUCCAAACACAUGAACUUCUUGGCAGACAUGAAGACGAUGGUGGAGACCAAGAAAGUGACGAGUUUGGGAGUCCUGCUGCUAGACAAUUAUUCUGACCGCAUCCAGGUUUUACAGAACAUGGUCCACUGUGCUGACUUAAGUAACCCAACCAAACCACUGGAGCUGUAUCGGAAAUGGACGGACCGCAUCAUGGUGGAGUUCUUCACCCAGGGAGACCGAGAGCGGGACAAGGGAAUGGAGAUCAGUCCUAUGUGCGACAAACACAACGCCUCCAUUGAGAAGAAUCAAGUGGGGUUCAUCGACUACAUCGUUCACCCGCUGUGGGAGACCUGGGCCGACCUGGUCCACCCUGACGCCCAGGACAUUCUGGAUACGCUUGAAGACAACAGGGAGUGGUACCAGAGCAUGAUCCCCCGCAGCCCCUCGCCGACGAGCCCGGACGAGCCUCACGCUGAGGUGGGACCCGCAGCUGGCACUCCAGGGUCAGGAGGAGCCUUCCCUUCAUCGGGAGGAGACAAAUUUCAGUUUGAACUCACCUUGGAGGAGGAGGAGGAGGACGAAGAGGAGGCGGAGUCUGACCUCGAGAGCCCCUUAGAGGAGGAGUCUCAGACCAGUGGAGAUCGGAGACACGAUUCGUCCUCACCGUCCCUGUCUCCAGACCCCCGCAGCGGCGGCUGCGGCGGCAGCAGGUACCGCCCUCCCUCCCCUCACCCGUCUCGGACCCUGAAUCUGGCCUCCAUGUCGGUGCGGAGCCCCCACCCUCACAGGACGCUGGGCUCCCCGGGGCCGGAGGCUUCGGACAGGAACAGAGAGCUGAGCCAGGAGGGCGACGGCGUGGCCUGCCUGCGGAUGGGAACGUAAUGACCAGCUGGAGCCGCCCUGCCGCAGAGACAUGAGCGCUGGAGACUGGAGGCGUCUGCAGGGCGAGCCUUCGCCAAUAAUGUCUGUAAAAUCACCACAGUCCCUUUACACUGGAGACACCUUCUCUGGAGAGCAGAGGAACAACUCGCCUCUGUGUUUUUCUUUCUUUUCCAGCAAGAUGAAAUGUUUUAUCCUCUGUAUGAGUGCCUGAUAGGCCUUCCUGGUUUCCUGCAGCUUCAGCUGAUGAACAAUUGCUGCAUUUAAACUGGGAAGAGUGGAAUUAAGGCUUGUACUCACACAAAAGGUAACAAAACCUAAAAGGAAAUGUCUUCCUCCAAAAUAACUGUGACAUCUGAGCAUGAGCGGCGAAUGAGGACUACAGUGGUGUGACAGGGUUUUGGAAAUGAUUUUGCACCAUCGUUUUAAUUUAGGAUUUAGGAUAAUUAAGUUGGGAUAGGUGAGUAUGAUUUAUUUCUUUAAGAAUGGUGUGUGAAACGAGUCAGUUAACCAAAUACGGGAUGUAGAUGAGAAAAUCGACGGACCUAAACCUCAGGGUAUGAAGUGAAGCAUAAACCUAAUGUAGCACAGGUGUACUAAACCCCCCAACCCAAAACCCCAAACUGUCUUUCCUGUUUGUCCCAUUGAGAAAUGAGACUUUGUCCAAAAUGUCUGUCUUUACAUUUAUUUAUAUCCCUUUAAUAGAGAAUUUGGCAGAUGAAGCAAUCAGAUAUUCAAACCAGCUUGUAGCACCAGGGGAACCGAACACUUUAGACUGAACUCCAGUCUCACCUGUUGAAAAGACACCAAUGUAUACUUAGUUUGAGCUUUAUUCUAUUUUUUACCUUAUAUUUUAAAUUGUUUAUGUUCUGAUUUCUGUACUGUUCCUCAUUGUAUGUUUGCUGGUCUUGUGUGUUUUUGUGCUUAAGAAAAGCAUUUUUUAAUCAGGGUGCCUCCAGUCCGCAGUAGCACUUUACCGUCUUUACCGUUCUGGUCUCGUAUUCAGUCACACAAAGGGCUUCACCCACUGUAGGCCUACUGAUCACAAAAAACGAAACUGUACAGGACAUUGGACUACAGCUCUCAGUAGGCAGAGCAGGCCACAAAACUUAACAUCUUAUGGACGAGCAUGAGCGAUCCCGGGUCUCCAGCAGCUUCUAAAGCUACAAGUUGAAGGUUUCUGUUGUUUUAAUGAAAAUUAAAAUGAUCGUGUAAACCUGCUCACUAUUAAAUGAAAGUACAAUUUUCUAUAAAUCUGAGUUCAUACAAAGAAAACUCCGGGUCUCCUUACAUCGAGUUACACAGGGUUCCUACACAGGCUUGAAAUAAAUACAUUUUAAGAUAAGUUUUGAAAAGGAACAUUGUGUUUAGAACCUAAAUGAACCUUUAAGUCUUCAAGAGGUUAUAAAUGGUUAGUUCUCCCUUAAUUGGAAGACUAAAUAGUGCAAAAAAAGAUUUUUCAAAAUUCAUCAAAAUUAGGAACACUCACCAUUUUUUACUUUAUAAAUGCUUCAGGCAACAUGUAUUUUAGGUUUAUUUUGUCUACAGGACUCUUUUCCAGGAACCAAGCUGGUUUUCAUUUACUCUUCAAGAAAAAAAACAACUCUUAAAUGUUCUGGCAGAAGCAUAGCAGUUAUAGAUAACUCUUCUAAAAAAUACUCUUUUUACAAAGUUGUUAAACCUGUCACAAUGUCCUGACAGUAGAAAAUGACACAAUUUGUUAAAUUAGCUCUGACUGCCACUUCCAGAAAAGCAUCAUUCCCCUUCAGAAACAACCAAUCAGAACCAGGAGGAGGGCCUUAGCGGUGUCAAUCAUGCUCAUGUAUAUGCUGCUCACACCCUUCCCCCAUUUAGGCCGCACUGUUAUUCAAGCUCAAGAUUUCUGGUGUGCUGCAGCUGUGCUUAUGGCAGAGAAACAACCUAACUAAAAAAGAAAACUAAACUUACUGAGUUUUUCUCAGAACUUCCUACUGCAGCUUUAAAUGACUCAUAUUUUGCACAAAGCAUCUCUGAAGGAUUAAUUCUACCUUCAAAGUAAUUUAUUCUAUAUUUAAACCAGGAAUGUUACAGUUUUUGCUCCUCAAUAGAAAAUAAAACAAGCACAGCUGACAUAUAGAAAUGCAUUCAGAUUCAAAAAUUAAAUAAAAUAUAUAUAAAUAAUAAAUUGUAGAAUUUGCUCUAAGUUUGUCUAGAUGCAAAAAGCUUCACACUGGCCUUUUUCUGCUCCACAAGUGAAUCAGGUGUUUCUUGAAAUGUGGAAGAAAAUGAUAAUUUAGACAAGAGUUUUGUAUUAAAAUUCCCAGGAUAUGUUAAAAAUCCCUGCAGAAAUUUAAGUAACAUAAAACUGGAAACCUGUGUAGCAACCCUGUGUAUAGCGACAUAACUGUUAGCCUUUAAAACCGCAGCAUGCCCUCUUCAGGCUGCUGCAUCCGGAGCGUCACUGCGGCUGGUCUUUGGUUGUGGUUGAGUUGGUUCAGCUCACACACUGCCCACUCUGUGCCUCUGACGUUGAAUGAAGUGUGUUUGGUUUGGUAAUAGCUGCUUUCCUUAUUCAUAAAAAUCCCACUAAAGAACUCAAAACCUCAGUUAACCAGCGACAACUGUUGGUUCCACAUUGCAUUAAAGAAGAACACAAAGUCUGCACCAACGUCAACCCAUGAACUUCCCGUGGUUUUCUGUUUGUUGUUAUUUUUAUUAUUUAAGAGCCCCAGUUGUCGAAAUAACUGAAAAAGACACAAAAAAGAAAAUGUAAGUAGCUUGUCAUGAGUUUUACACCUGCAAAGGAUUUAUGGUAAAGUUAAUACAUUUUCAGAUUAAUCUAUUAUGUAUCAUCAAUGUGGCUUUUUUAAAAUUGUCAUAAAAACCAAAAUGUUACACUAAGUCUGUGUGUCAAACACUAACAGAUAAGGAGAAAUAUUGGAGCAGUAUUUAUACAACCACAUACUUUAUCUUUUCUUUUUAAAUUUAAUGUUAUAUUUUUAUUUCAUGUUUUUUAUAAAUCUUCACUUUUUGUUUUUGGUUUAGUAUCUGUACUUAAUUUCAGUAUAAUGAACAAAUACUUUGAUUUAACUGAUAGGAUCUUAAUCCAGCAUGUAAUUAUUGUUUUUUUUUUUUACCACAGCACACAAUAUAGAGAAAACCGUACACUUCUUUAAUUAUUACACCAGUGUUGUUUGUUGCAAAUCUAUUAGUGUAUAUUUGUUAGACUUUUAUUUUGAAAGUUUAUAAUUAGCUUUAACAUAACUGCCAUGCAGGUGUGAAACCAUAAGUAACAAAUUAUAGAAAUUAGAAGCGAAUUCGUUUUGUUCUUUAUUCAAGUUUUGUUUUCAUUAUUUGGGAAUCUUUGGCUUUGAAAUUAUAAUUUCUGAAACAAACAAGAAACUAUAACAAAAACUAUAAGUAAGCAAACCCCGGUUGGUGGAGGUUGUCCUUACGAUCCACAGUUGCAUCUGUUUUUUCAGUAACAACGCUGAUUGUCUGACUUGGAUCCAGAAUGCAUUGAACUCGGAUGUGACGCCAUUCCCAGAUCCCGUCUUCAAACUCAGCAAGACUUUAGGAAAUGGUUUUGAAGGAAAAUAUUCGUUUUUAAUGAACUGACCUCUUGAAACCAUUUCAAAACACUAUGCUCUACCUGGAUGAUGCCAAGGGGAAGGAAAGUGAUGAGGAUUUUUCUGAUGGAGAAUCAACUGAAUAAAUGGGAUUUAAUUGAGUCAUUAAUAUUCAUAUUUUGAUCACGUAAUUUAUUUACAGAUACAAUGUUCUCAACUAAAGAUUAUCCAAAUGCAACAAUACCUUAGUACCAACAUUUGUAAAAUAAAGUUGGUACUCACUUUUGGAUUCAUGCUAGACAAAAACAGAAAAGUAAUCUGGUUUAUUAACAUAAAGGAAAUAAAGGAGUGGAAACCCCCAAACCAAACCACACCUCAAACAUCAGCCAGAGGUUAAAGUUUGCUGUCUAACUUUAAGCAUUUUAUCUUUUCUCACAUUACAAAUAAAGAUGUCAUGAACAACAGAAGAAUGUUUUCCUCCCGCCGUGCCAACAGGCGCUGCUGUAGAGCUCAGACCUGCAACACCAGUUCAAGAAGGUUGGGACUUUGUGUAAAAUAAAAACUGCAUAAAAUGUGUUAGAAACCCAUAUUUUACUCACAAUGGAGUGAACCUCCCUUUUAAAUUUAUAAACAUUUUUUAAAUGUCUAAUUUGAGACCAGAGGACAGUUUUCUUCAGAUUUUGGGAAUCUUUCAAUUAUUUGAUGAAUAAUUAAAAGAUUAUAUGAUGAUAUAAUAGAUGAUAUAAUGCUCCGACUUCCCAGUUCUGCACUGGGGAACAUUUUUCUGAAAUUUUUCCACCAUUGUGCGAUUCAGAUUCUUUUUAUACCCAAUUUUAUUCCUGAUCCACUGACAACAAAUCUUAGCAGCUGCAAAAUGCUCCUCCAGCAGCUUAUUGUUUAAAACCUCUUACCUCUGCAAUCUUUUCUUUAUUAUGUCCUUCUUUGAGAUACCACCAUAUUUAAUUUAAUCUAGAGGUUUUUUGACUUCUUCAUUUUCACUUUUAUGUUUACAGUUUUUUGUGAAUCCAGCUGCAUCUCAUCAAUCACUACGGUAUUUGUUGAAAGUGAAAACUUAUAUGGAUUCAUUACACAGUGAGUGUUAUGUUCCUGGCAUUUAUUUGUCUCAGGUUAGUUAAUCAUAACUACUAGAUAAUAACAAACUAAAAUUUACCUUUUUUGAACUUUUGAAUGUCACAUAAGACAAAAAAUGAUUUUUAAUACAGAAAUGUUUUGGUAUGUUGUACAAAAUCGCAAGAAAAACUCAUAAGAAAAUUAAGCCACCUGUACUCAAACAUGGAAAGUUCAGUGGAAGGAAAAACUGGGGUAGAGAGAUAAACUUAAAAUUACCUGCAGUAAUCACUUGUAAUAUGUCUUCCUGUAUGUAGUGAAUCAACAUAAUACCUUAGUUUAAUCUGCUGAGGUGAACCUGUACUAUAUGGGUUUAUAUCCAUAUUUCAGACACUUUUUACGUUACACACGGUGUCCCAACUCUUACGGAACUGGAGUCGCAUUUUGGUUGGCGUUCAAACAAAGCAGGUUGUGUCCCGUCAGGUUAGGAGCGUCAGUCUGCUCGACUGGGAAGAAAAGCGUGCCACAAGUGUUGAAAACACACGAGACACCUGCCAGCCUACGAAGCUGUACAUUUUUACACUAGAGAUUUUAAACUGAUGAUUGUAUCAGAGUCAUUAACUUUAUAAGUGUUAGUUUUUACAAAUGAAAUAUGACAGUAUUUAAAGCAGGCGUUUUCAUAGGUUUCUGUGCAGCGUAGAGAGCAGCCCUUUGCUAAUCCCGAUAGCUGAGAAUGUUUGUAGUUUCACGACUUUCAUCUCUUUCUAUACCAAGUACGUUUGGAGUCUAGAGCGCGUAGAGAGACCAGGCAGUUAGCGAGCACUACAAAAGAUAAUUUGCUUCCUGGUUAGGCAGUUGUAGGAAACAAUAGUCUUAUCAGUAUUUCUUUUUUUUUUUUUUAGGUAGUAAGCUUUAUCGAUCGGCCUUACAUAUGAUAGGUUUGAGCCUCGUGUUAAAGGACUAUUGUGCUGUUUUUUUGUUUUGUUGGAUGCUGACCUUCAAAUUGUUGUUGGUUUUUCAACCCCUAAAGCAACCAGAUUGGGUUUCAACUAGAAAAUGUGUUUUUUUAGCAGCAUUUUUAGCUGUUAAUCUUCUGUCAUUUAGGAUUCCUGACAAAAAUCAAAAAUAUGUUUUAAUUUCUAAAGUCUAAAAGAAUACCCUUCACAUGAUGAAAAUGCCAUCUAUAUCUUAUAAUUAAAAAAUUUCUUACCUUUUGCAUAUUGAUUCUGACAUGCUGAAUAAACAGUAAGGAUCUCCUGGCAUUUUGUGAACCAUUCCAAAAAACUUCAAGUUAUUGAUUUUGUUUUGUUUUCUUCUUUUUACUUUGUUAAACAUUUUGGUUUCAAAGAGUAAAAGGUCCCAAAAAGUGAAACUCUGAUCCGUCUAUAUUGGAUCAUCUAAGCUCAUGGGAUAUGGACCAAAAGAACAAAAUCCUGGAUACAAAUGACGGAAAUGAGCUUCCGUUGCGAGAUAUUUUGAAAAAUAAAAUAUUAUCUAUUAGCAAUUUUUAAUUUUCAAGAUCUUUUAUCUUUUGAAAAUAUUCAAAAUUGUGAUUGAAAAUUUUACAAUAAUGCAAAGGACGUUUUUUCCCACUCAUUUAGCCUUUGUAAAAAACAACUCACUGAGCUUCAAGUAUUUUUCUUAUUGCAGAAAAGCUUUUGAAAAAUGAUGCAUUGGUGGCAUUUUCAUCAUAGACUCUUUAAAAAAUUUUUUAGAGCCCAAUCUCCCAGUUGAGGCGUCAGCUUGUUGAAUUCAGCUCUGUGGCUCAACACGGGAUAGACAACAGCGCCACUUAGUGUUAAGUGUGUUAGUUGGCAGGGGAGUUCCUGCUUUCAUUUAAUAAUGCUGAUACUGCCUUCAUUCUUGUUAAUGCAGUCUCUCAGUUUCAGUGUUGUGCAAAUGUCUAAAGAUAUAUUUAUUCUUUAAAUGUGUCAAGUACUGUAAGACAAUGACUGAUUUUAUGUUCCAGAGCCUGAAAACAAGUAUGCUUUACUUGUAUGUACUCGUCUGCCACUCCGAUGUUUGUUUUUGUCAAAGUUUUAUUUUGCUUUUGAAGCCAAAAGAUUCUCGGGAGUUCAGGGUGUUUCAUGUGAAAAAUGCCAAUAAAUUAAAUGGAAAUUUA